AUGCUAUUCUUAUUCUCCUCGAUCCGCAUGCAAAUGAUGCAGCAAUCUGUGUUCCCUAUUGCCAGGGACAUGAAAAAAGUUUGCAAAGGACGAACCGGCAAAGCAUGUACAGCAUGUGAACAGCUGUGCAGCAAUUUACAUGAUGUCACCGACGCAUCUGGCACUGAGUCAGAAUCUUCAGACUUGUUAGAUGACGUGAUUGUCUUGGACCACAAACCGUCCAAUUGGAUUGACAGCUCUCCAGGAAAGUCUAAAAAGAGAAGGCGAGAGGAAGACUCAGACGAUGAAGUGAUCAUCUUGGAUGAUAAGCCGGCUGACUGGAUCGAUAGGCAGAAACGGAGACACCAAGACUGA